AUGGAUGAAUUUAAAUGUGAUAAAAGGAAAACCUCUGUAUCGAUUAAUCCUUGUUUUAUUCGUCUUACAACUUUGAUUGAUGAUCCUCAUCCAACAUCUGUUGGUUUUCCUUCAAUUACAAGAUCACCCAUUGUCAUCAAUACUGAUUCGCCUGAUUCAUGUCCAUCUCAAACAACACCUCUAUCACUCCAAACAUCUUUCCCACCCUUCUCAACGCCGACCAAUAUUUCAUCGAGCUCUUCAUAUUCAAUUCCAGAACCUUCGACAGUUAUUCCAAUCCCAUCACUGACCAUCACAGAUCAAAUCAUCACACAAAUUCCACAUCACCAAAAUAGCUCGGUCAGAAUAGAGAAUUAUUCGAAUUCAAGCCCAUUCGAUUAUGACUCAAUAUGUGAGAAACGAGAACGUAAAAGAUUCGAUCGUAAGUCUUUUGUAGUGCUUGAUGAUAAUGUUGAAAGUGAUAAUUGGGGCGAAGUGGUAGUUAGUAUUGACGAACCUGAGAAAAGCGAUCAAUUUAGGACUACCGAAGACUGUGCUUAUGGUGAUAUAAUAAUUAUGUUACCUGAACCUAUAUACAACGGUAAAGGUUAG